UUGAGUACAUAAACAAUCAGUGUUCAAAACAAUGUCCGGACCCCGAUUCACCACGGUAAGCCUAUAAAAUGAUAUGUAAUUUGAGCUGUCGGGUCAGAUUUGGCGUGAUAUCGCUGGCUUAUAACGUACAUCCCUGCGACAUUACGUCAUGUCCGUGAACAUAGGAAAGAAGAGUCGGCUGUCUCAUUCGCAUGUAGAUGACGGUAACUACAGUUCAGUCAGUCACACCCAGGGCUGGUAAUCUGGCAUACCGGGCAUUUUCCCGGUGGGCCGACGCACUUUGGGGCCAAUCAGGGGAGGACUGGCCAUUGGGAGAACCAAGGGGGUCCCUUGGGUUGGCCGAGACCGGGAAGCUUAAUUGAGCCGUUGUGUUAUGCAGAUCGGACCACAAAACGGCACCGCGAUAUGUAGAAAAGGACAGCGAACACCCUGUUCCGGACAGCAUCAAAAUAAUGUAUCAUGCAUGUUUGUUUGUAUUUACAUUUACAUUUAUGCAUUUGGCAGAUUCUUUUAUCCAAAGUGACUUACAGUGCCCUUAUUACAGGGACAAUCCCCCCGGAGCAACCUGGAGUUAAGUGUCUUACUCAAGGACACAAUGGUGGUGACUGUGGGGAUCAAACCAGCAACCUUCUGAGUACCAAUGUAUUAUACAGAGCAUUUAUUACAGUGACAAUCCCCCCGGAGCAACCUGGAGUUAAGUGCCUUACUCAAGGACACAAUGGUGGUGACUGUGGGAUCAAACCAGCAACCUCCUGAUUACCAGUUAUGCGCUUUAGCCACUACAACACCACCACUCUAUAUAACACUCAGAUAAAAAAAGUAAAUAUAAAUGUUCAUUUUAAUCUCACACAGCAUGGAAUCGCCAAAGAAACCGAGAGAUUCUCGUUGAUGUUCGCUGAAGCGGAACACUGUGAACCGCUGGUUGAACUCUUAAAGUGACAGUAACCUUUUUAGAGUUUCUCAUCCAAACGAAUGUAAAGUCUGUGUUAUUACUUGUGAAUUAUACACAUUAUUUCAAGCAGUGAUAGAUCAUAUCAUUAUUAUACAUACAACUACAUGAUAUAAUAUUAAUUCAUAUAAUGUAGAUUUUGUUAUUUUUACAAAGUUACAUUUUUGAUUAUUAAAAUUCGUGUGGUGCUAAAGUGAGUCAGUGUGAUCGGAUAAAUAUAAAGAUGUCUGUUCAUAUUGUGUUCUUUUCUUUCAGACGUCACACACAAACUUACAGCAUGAGUGAUGAGUCUCCUGCACAGACCCGUCUCACCACUGACGUCCCGCUGGCGUCCGGUGCGCAAGAGGAAUACGUGCUUCUGCUGGUGGUGUUGUGUGUGUUUGCUGGCGGGACACUGAUCGUUCUGUCCCUCCUGCUCGUCUUCUGUCACCGCUGCUGUCGAGGAGGACGCCGAUACUCCAGAUCGAGCGAUGACCUGGAGAAAACCAACACCACAUACGUAGAAGAGAUUCAACCAACACAAGACUUGACCAUCACGACUAGUUGUCAUGGUGAUACGGACACAGAACAUUUCCUGUCUGCUACAUGCACAGGGCGACGGGUGUCGUUCAAUGAGAGCAUCGUCUAUGAGCAGAGCGCCAAAGAACAGGAGAAAGGUCGAAGGUACACGCUCACAGAGGGCGACUUUCAUCACCUGAAGAGUGCUCGUUUGACUCACCUGCACAUACCGACUCCUGCACUGAACAUCCUCACCAUCAUGGAGUGCGACUCACCUGAGAACAGCGUCAGUGUCACCGAACAGCCCUCACACACACCGGCCCUCGCUAUAUUCCAGCCCGGCGAGGGUCCUUCUCCAGACUCACCUGUAUCGUGGAACUGUCAAAGUCCCGUCUGCACUCUACCUGGAGAUUCGCUCAACUCCACCCUGAACACCAGCGGCACUAACGUCAACACCGAAUAUGCCACCAAACCACCACGAUCACAAACCGUGGAGUUAAUGAGCAGCUGUGGGCUGAUGGAGAAGGAUUCUGGUUCCGGUCCAGCUCUGACUCACGGCACCAUGUUUCACUUACUGUCUAAACUCCGGCGGCAUGCCAGUCUGGAGGGCGCUGCGCCGUUCUUCGCCGUGAAGAAGUGGAAGUUUGGCACCAUUCAGAGAGCAGCGAGUCUUGAAAUUAAAGUAUGUGUUGUUGUAGGAGCUCCGCGGAGACGUGCGUUUCAGAGGCAGCGAGCGGCCAGCGAGACUCUCGAUCAAGGAGUCGGUGACUUCCUGCUGCACAAACCUCCCGUUCAACCGCCGCCGGACGCCCUCAGACGGCUCUCAGCGAGUUCUCUGGACGCGGGGUCUCCAGCUCCCCUCAGCAGGUUAGAGGUCCAGGCCGUAAUGGAGCUCAAUUGCAAUGUAAGGGGCACGACGACAGAUGUGGCACUAAUGUUUCCCUCAUCACGCCGACCUCUGGAGAUGGACAAUUCUGAAGAGGAUGGACAGGAAAUGAUCGCAGGAGCAUCAGGAGGUGGUACGGAAGGAUUUGGACUAGCGUGUCGUCAAGAGAGUUUGGAGCAGCCGAGUCUAUAUCGUGACAUCUGGAGCCUGAGAGCAUCGCUGGAGCAAUACGCCUCUUCUGACCUGAGCAGCAACGACAGGGACUCCGUCGAUGCCGACAGCGUUUGCUCUGUAGGUCCCUCGAGAAUGGGUGUCCCCAGCAACCAGUCGCAAGACAUCGAUGAUGAGAUGGACGGGGAUGGCGAACUGGCGUACACUGAUGUGGUGAGGGACGCAGGGGUGAGAAGAAAUGGGAAAUACAGUGUGGACGCUGAACGAGGCAGCGACGGAGAGACGGGCAACCGGAAGCUGUUGCAGAUGGACAGCGGUUACGCGUCGAUCGAGGCACCGUGCAAGGCUCCGGAGGAAUUUCGACUCUUUGGAAGUGCUUCUGGGAAGACUGCUUCAGAACGCAGACACUUCUUCACAAAUGCUGGGCGGAAAGGGACUGUUUGCGAGAGUUUUGAGGCACGACUGUUCAAGGAAGAACUAGAAGAUGAGGUUUCAGAAAGUGGUGUGACUGUGGAGACGGAGAAUCCAAUUAGAGUAACUCCAGAACUGACCCCCGCAACCAAACCCAAACUACGUUUCCGGCGUCGCGACUACAGCAUCGAUGAGAAGACUGAGGCGCUGUUCAACGAAUUCUUGCGCCACGAUCCUCAAUUAGACCAGCAAGGGUCACCCUCGUUGCACCACCGCCACCGCUCACGAAUCCAUCUUCGGAAGCAGUGGCAGCGCACCAAACAGCACAGCGACCCUGGUGCCGCACGAUACUCGCCAUCCCUAGAGCGACAGCGCUGCUACCCGCUACGCAAAGGUGACAGCGCAAACUACCCCUUGGACACGCGCUGCCAUAGCAUCCUGUCUCGCAUUGCUAGCGCCGCGGAUGAAGAGGCCAGUGAGGGGUCAGUUGGUACUGAAUCUCCUAUGCCAGACAAGCCAGAAGAGCUCGAGGGUGCUGGUCCACCCUCAGAAACGGGAAGCUCUGGUCCAGAACUGGAGGAGAACUUCAACAACAGCAGCAACAACACAAGCUGCCAGUUCUCUUCAUCUCAUCUGCAAGACAACAAUGCCAGGGAUUGUGGGAUACUCAAUGACAUCCAGACAGAUACACAAAAACAGUCGCAGACAGACUGUGGUGGGACUUUGACCACUUUUAGUACUCAAUUACAUUCAAACACAGAUGCACUCAUGCCUGGAAACAUCCAUCAUACUGGCACGGGUCAAGUGGACUACUCGCAUCACACUCUUACUGGCAUCAGUCCAUCAGACAAACUGGCGUCCACUCUGGACGAUCAGAUCUACUCAAGUCUGAGGACUCAAAGAGGAAGUCAAGAGUGUGUAGUGACUGUAAGCCGCACCUCGCCAGACCUUGAACAAGAAUAACAGUUGUUUGAAAUGGUAGAGCCAUCAGGUUUGUGUCAGAUGGUAACCCUCAUCUUGUAAAGUUCAUAUAACAUUCAUACAUGUUUAUUUGGAUUCCUGAAGAAACUGUGACAGAACCUUGUAGACAGCAGCAGGUUUCAGUUCGGUGGUAAUCAGUACCGCCGGUCCCUAUACACAUAUUACACAGUCUGUGUAAGGCACCAACUCGCCAGAAACUUCACUGGCUGCGUUAAGGUCCCGGCAGCAGUUGCAGAACACAGGUGAUCACCUUGCACUCACACUUUUACCUCGCCCCUUGGUACUGGCGCUCGCCCCUUGCGCCUCGCCCCUUGGUACUCGCCCCUUGCAAAUUGGGCCUCGCGCUCGCCCCGCGCCUUGCAAAUUCCGUAGAGCCCCGCAAGUCUGUCUUGCAGCUGCAAUCAUUUUACAAAGUGCCGAGCUCUAUCUGUGCUUUGCGGGAAUGUUAUACUGCUGUGCUACAUUGAUAAAACGCUUGGCGCAGGAAUCAGCAUAAUGUCUUCUAACACUUUCCAGAUGGUCAAUGUGACAUUAGCAGCAUUUGUGGAAAUUGACUUCUCAUGAACUACGGUUUAUUCGCUAUUUUAUAAGUAUUUUAUAAGUAUUUUAUUAUUUAUUUUUCCUUGUUUUACGGUUUAGAUAUUUUUUCCCUGAAAAAAGGACACAAAUAUUCAGUAUGAAAAUAUAAAUUUGCACUGCAAAAAAUGUCUUUGUCUUGUUUUCCAAUAAAAAUAUCUAAACGUUCUUAAAAUGUGAUUUAGGGGGUGUUCACACUUAGUUUGGUCCUCUUGGUCUGGACCAAAAAAGAAAAUGAUACAUUUAGUCCUCGUUCGUUUAGCGUUCACACUCAUUAGGAAAAAGUCACGACCUGAUUGGACAGCUUUUAUGACGUAUAUUUUUGGAACAUGCCGAUCAUCCAAAACAAUGCUGCUGCUGGGCGAAAUGCGCUCGUUGGAUGUAUAUAUGGUGGUAUUUUUACCAGCUGAGAACAAACAAAGAGUUAAUAAAGUGUGUAAAGGAGUCAAAACAACGGCAGGAAUUCCUCCGUUACUCACACUAUUAUGAUAUGCUUCAUGGAGACGGUGGUUCCGACGCCUGUCCCGAACUGUAAUGUAUCGCUCCUAUGAUGAGAAGAACCAGGUGUGCUUGAGGUCAGUAUUAGGCAAAUUACUUCCUGUUUUUGGUCCGUUUAGACGUCUUUGGUCCAUGUUGCGUUCAUAUAUCAGUCGAACCGCACCAGAGUUCGUUUGGAAGUGGACCAAGUCCCACUCACUAUUCUGAAGGUCUCGGUCCGCUUGUUUGUUGCGCACCAAGGUUCGGGUGGCAGCGUUCACACUUGUUCAAAUUACCCGCACUAACAGAGCAAUCGCACCAGAGUUCGUUUUAAUCGACGCUUAAGCUGACGCUGACUAUCACAGCUGGAGCCGUGAGUUUGAAUCCAGGGUGUGCUGAGUGACUCCAGUCAGGUCUACUUAGCAACCAAAUUGGCCCGGUUGCUAGGGAGGGUAGAGUCACAUGGGGUAACCAAAUUGGCCCGGUUGCUAGGGAGGGUAGUGUCACAUGGGGUAACCUCCUCGUGGUGGUGAUUAGUGGUUCUCUCAAUGGGGCGUGUGGUGAGUUGUGUGUGGAUCGUGGAGAGUAGCAUGAGUCUCCACGGUGUCAUGCACAACAAGUCACGUGAUCAGAUGCGCAGAUUGAUGGUCUCAGACACGGGUGCAACUGAGACUCAUCCUCUGUCCCCCGGUUUGAGGUGAGUAACUGCACCGCCACGAGGACCAACUAAGUACUGGGAAUUGGGCAUUCCAAAUUGGGAGAGAAGACCAUUUAAAAAGCCAAAUUUUGUUCGAUUUCUCAAAACUAGAAAAAAUACAUUAUGCCAUUCUGCGUUUGACGUGAUAUUUACUUGUUUUGAGGAUUUUUGUCUUAUUUUCUAGUAAAAAGAAAAGUGAAACCUUGAACAAGAAUAACAGUUCAGGCCAUGUUUGAACUGGCAACAUUUGCGUCGCGCCCGCCCAGCGCCCUGCAACGUUCGCCUCGCGCCCGCCCCUGCCAACGUUCGCCUCGCGCCCGCCCCUGCCAACGUUCGCCUCGCGCCCGCCCCGCACCUGGCAACGUUUGCCUCGUGCCCGCCCCUGCCAACGUUCGCCUCGCGCCCACCCCUGCCAACGUUCGCCUCGCGCCCACCCCUGCCAACGUUCGCCUCGCGCCCGCCCCGCACCUGGCAACGUUCGCCUCGCCCGCCCCGCACCUGGCAACGUUCGCCUCGCGCCUGGCAACUUUUCCCUCGCCCCUAGUAAAAAGAAAAAAAAACAUUCUUAUAACAAAAUACAUUUACUUAUUUAAUUCUGAUAAGAGAUUUAUUCUUGUUUUUAGAGAAAUCGAACUCAAUUUUGUAAUGUUUUUGCUUAUAACAAGAAAGUAAAUACAAAUAUAUGCCAACGGGGAAUCCCUUGAUUCAAAGAGAGAGUUUAUAUUUCUUACCCCGUUGGCAUAGAGAUUUUUCCCAUUUUAGGCAUAAAGCACACCCGAUGUUAUUCGAUUUUUCUGGAGGUUAAGAUCAGGUCAUUCUGCUCCUCAAGUCAUUUUUGUCUUGUUUGAAGAAUGUUUAGAUAUAUUUACCGGGAAUAUAAGAAUCAUUUCUUUGAUUGGUUUAAUAUCAAGCUGGUGGAGUUUCUGGUUUCCGGUCUUCUCAUUUAAAUACAGAUUUGUAGCACAACUGAUGUACUAUUGGACAAUAAUGGAUGCCGAGCGAGUGUUUAUAGCAGUGGGAGUUUCCCUGUGGAUAAACUCAAGCUCACAUCUGAUUGGACGGACAUGAUGCGUAAACAGUCUCCAGUCGUUUCCGUGUCAACGGUUGCGUGUUUCACAGGAUGACAUCACACAUGACCUGCGGAGAAGCUCUAUAUGACAUCGUCUGACCUUCAGGUGACAUGAGGUCACACUAAAGCACAUCUGUGGUGUUGAAGACGAGACUCCACGAAACAUCUGUCAGCACUGAAUAUUCUCUGCGUUUGUGUUCUGUGCGGCAGAUGAUGCUGAUGGUUGAUAACUUCAAAUGGAAAUAAAGGUGACAAGAUUCACUUCGAGCAGGAAGACUCAGUUUGGCUGUUGGUCACAUGAUGUUCCCUGUAUGUGCAUUAGACGUUUAUUAUGCCCUACUAUGCAUAUGUAUUUACCUCACCUUAGUGUUAUUUUGAAUCUUUAAUAAUGUAUUGCCCGUUUGUUUACUGAGACAGGUUGGAUCACCAGAACGCUUGAUGUUCCGGUGUUGAUUUGGGUUUUUAUAGAUAUAAGUAGUUUAUAAAUGAUUACUUGGGCUGCAGCCGCACUGAUUGGCUAUUAAGUAAACUGUGCUGCGCUCACGGCACUUAUUCCCAAGAUUAAAUCAGUGUAAUUAAUAACGUAUUGUUCAUAUAACAUGUACAUAUUUAAUAUUUUCUAUUAAAUAAAUAAGUGAC